AUGCAGCAUGGGUUUAUAAAAGGACGCUCUGUCCAAACAAAUUUGCUGUCACUCACGUCAUAUUUAAGUAAGGAAGUUGAUAGGAAUCAACAAGUGGACUGUAUUUAUAUGGACUUCUCCAGUGCUUUUGACAAGGUGUGCCAUUCACGUCUUGUACGUAAAUUGAGAUGUUACGGUAUUGAUGGGUCCCUUCUGGAGUGGUUUAACUCGUAUUUGGCAAAGAGACCUCAGUUUGUGGUCCUUAAUGGCCACAGAUCACGGGAUUACGUUGCUAAAUCAGGAGUGCCUCAGGGGUCCGUCUUGGGUCCUGUUCUCUUUUCGGUGUUUAUUAACGAUAUAACAUCUUCGAUUAAAAACUGUAGAUAUUCGAUUUUUGCUGAUGACCUAAAAGUAUAUAGAACAGUUGGUUCGAUUGUUGAUUCUUUGCUAAUUCAGGGUGACCUUGAUCGAAUCAAUGCAUGGUGCAGCGUAAAUGGUAUGAUAGUGAAUGCAAAGAAAUCAUUUCAUAUUAAAUACACAAGGAAAAAGAAAACUCUUGCAACAAUGUAUAGAUUAAGUUCAGAAGUGUUGCAAGAAGUUAAUAAAAUACGAGAUCUCGGUGUGAUAAUGGACAGUAAGCUAACAUUCAGGGAACACGUUGAUACUGUGGUUAACCAGGCUUCCAAAAUGCUAGGCUUCCUUAAAAGGAAUACUAAAGGAUUUCUACACCCAGAAACAAAAACAAUUUUGUUUAACUCACUGGUGCGAAGCAGGCUUGAAUUUGCAUCAGUGGUCUGGAACCCACAAUAUACAACUCACUCACAGCGUAUUGAAAGCAUUCAAAGAUCUGUUACGAGGCACCUGGCAUUCCACAGUUCAGAAAUCGCGCUACCACUUUGUGUUCUUGAAUCAGAUUUCGGCUUUAAAAUUAACUGCGCCUUCAAGAAAUCCGGACUCUUCAGAGUACGGAAUCUUGGAGGAAUCAAAGCACACGCCAGUUUAGGUUUCAGUCUUGGAGACGAACUUGGGUUUGAGCAAUCAUUAACCAAUCAAGAUCCGAGCAGACGAAGAUCAGUCAGCUUUAAGAAUGGGGCACCUAACAUCCUGGUUGAUACUUCCAGUAAGGCAACCCCUAAGCAAGAAAAACGCGCAAAGCAAAAUCGAAUAAUGAUGCGACCGAUGGCUUCAGGAGGCAGACCGAAUCAAGCAGCCAUGGACAAACUUUCCACUUUGCACAGAAGAGUAUCAUCCACCAUGCAACCGAUCGUGAUAACUGGACCCCCUGCAGAAACACCAUUAUUCAAAGUGCAGCCUACUGUAACAAUGGCUAAACCCAUGCCAAUGGGUAUUCCACCAUUCAAGCCUUUACCACCUAAAGAAGAAACUUUGAAAGUGGUGCCAUUAGCGUCAACACCAACGAGGAAAACCUACACACCACUACCAGUGCCGCAAUCGAAGGGACCCGGACAAGCUUAUCAAAGUGAGACACGUUAUAUAUCACCAGAUAACAUGUCAAAAAUGGUUUCACACAUGACCGCGAUACAAUAUCAACCGAUUAGAAAAACAUCGAUUAAAUCACACGCCACAUUAAACCCAUUCGUCCCCAUGCCACCGCAACCCAUAUCUAUCAUACCUUCACCUAAUCUUCACGAGUCAUCUCAUAAAAAUUUCUUUAACGCUGUUUCUAUUCCAAAAACCAAUCCUCUUUCUAACUUUCUAGACCCAGUUCCUCAUCAGGUCCACGAUAUCGCGAACAUGUAUUCGUACAACACGAAGAAAGUCGACGACUACAAUAGUAUAAGUGGUUACAGCGAUGACAUAACUCUGAAAUUUACUAAAGAUGAUAUCAAUGCAAAGAUAGCUGAAAUAGCUAAAGCCGGUAAUAUUUCAAUGGAGGCUGUGGAGGCGGCGAUAGCAUUGAGACAGCAACAGUUGUUGAGCAAGUACGCGAACAUCCCGGUACCUACAACAACAUCAACAACUACGACAACAACAACAACAGAAGCUGUCGCCUUCCAACUGGAACCAGAACCAGAGAUUGUUGUGGCUCCAGUACCCCACAAGCCCAAACCAAGAAACCCAACAUCCGGUAAAGUAAUGAACGCUCCUCGUGAGUACUAUCCCGUUGGUUACGAGAAAAACUUCGACGAUCACUUCCAGUCUAAGGUCGAUCUCCCCGAUACAAACUUCCACUGUGGGGACCAGAAAUAUUUCCCUGGUCUUUAUGGGGACGAACAACUUGGAUGUAUGGUAUUCCACGUCUGCGCCCUAACAGAUGAUGGUCUUGUCAUGAAAUCCUUCCUCUGUCCUGAAUCUACCCUCUUCGAUCAAACCAUUCUCAAGUGUAAUUGGUGGUUCUACGUGGACUGCAAGAACACUGUCAAACUAUACGACACCAAUAUUCCGGUUUCGAAGAGCUAUCAACUGAUGAAGGCUUUGACUUUCUUCUCUUCCUACAAAAAGGAAAUGGGAGAUGGGCAACAAAUGAACCCAGAGGACGUAGAAGGUAUAAAAGGAGCUAUAACGAUACUUGAAAAUCAAGACUCUAAACCAGCUGCAAACGACAAUGUUGAAAUAGUAACACCGUCUCCCGCAACAUUACCAAUAAUUGAUGAAAGGCAUUCCAAUAAUAACGAUACGUCGCCUGUUUAUAGAGGUACUAGAGAUUAUACAAAUUCUACUGAAAAGAGGAAUAUUAGACGUAAUCCACAACCUCAAGAAAACGGAGACUCGUACAAACUUGUUACUGUUAAUGCUAAUAUCAAUUUCAAUAACACAAGCGCAGAAAAUAAUUCUUCAGAAAAUUCAUCAGACAGGAGAAGACGAAGAAUAAUGUCAAGGAACAACUACUCUACUUCAACUAAAGCAACUACUACUCUAACUACCACUACAACUACCACAAAUACUCAAGCUCCAGAAGUGACAACGCCAUCUGUUGAAAUAAUAAAACAAGAAAUACAGCCAAUAGAAAACAUAACAUCGAUAAACGUAAAGCAAGAAAAGUUGACUGACCAACUUGACAAUCUAGAAGAAAUGAAUCAUUCAAUAUUGAAAGAAGCAGAAGACUCUCCACCAGUCCGAAGAUUUUAUAGAUCAAGUCAAGAAAGAUACGACGACGUUGAAGAGAUACAAAUAAUUAAUAAUGAAAAAGUACAGAUAGUACGACCUACUUCAUCUGCUAACUUUGUAGGAGCUAAUCCUACACAAACAGAGACUAUAGCUAAGCUAGAUGAGGCUAUAUUAGGAAAAAGAUUUAAAAAGGAAGCGAUGACAAUAGUCAUACCGACAAACUAUGAAAUCUAUCGAAGUAGAGAUCGGACAUAGCUCUAAACGAAUUUUAGUCAAUAACUUAAUUUUUAGUGUCAUAUAGACAUUGUUAAUUUAUUUAUUUCCUCGUCAGAUACGUAAGCGUCGACGAAUGUACUGUGAAUGUUACGUAUUUGCUCAAUUUUCACGAUAGUCUAGAUAAAUCAGUCAAGUGAUAUUACGGUGUAUGUUUUAGUUGUUUAGAAUAAAAACUGUUUCCUUA